GCCGUGAGCAGGCUCCGCGCCGCGUGCGAGGGGCUGCGGCGCGUGCUCUCGGCGAACAGAGACGCGUCUUUCUCCCUCGAGUGUUUGGUCGGCGAGACGGACGUGUCGGGCUGCCUCACGCGCGCGCAGCUCGAGGAGAUGGCGGCGAGAUCUAGCCGAGAUCUAGCCGAGGCGUAG